UAUUAUGCAAACCAGAUGGCACAAUUGUUUUGUUUUUAAAAUUGAUGGAUAGGUAUGGGCACAAUCCAACACUCAGACAUAAUUUACAAACAAAGCAUUUGUGUUAAGUGAGUCCACCAGAUCAGAGGCAGUAGAGAUGACCACGUGUUUGCUUGAUAAGUGUAUGAAUUGGACCAUUUUCCUGUCCUGCUAAGCAUUCAAAAUGUAAAGAGUACUUUUGGGUGUCAAGGAAAAUGUAUGGGAGUAGAAAGUAUAUAUUUUCUUGAGGAAUGUAGCGGAGUAAAAGUAGGCUUGAAAGUUGUCAAAAAUAUAAAUAGUAAAAUAAAGUACAGAUACUCAGUUUCUUUAUACCACUGACUGUGGGAAGGUCAACAUUUUUAAAUGGUAAUUACUUCUACUUGACAUUAUCAUUCACCUGAAGACAGGACAAGACGUGAUUUAGUUUUUUACUAACAUAUGAUGGGGGUCCCUGGGUCGCCGGUUUGCCUGGGCGGGGAUCCAUGAGCAAGAAAAGUAAAACAAACAAAAAAAAUCCCUGCAUUAUAACAUUAAUAAAUCAACAGAGAGGAAGACCCUGUUUGAAUACUAAAAAGCAGCCCUCGUCGCUCUUUUCCUUUAUCUGAAAUAAGGAUGGGUCGAAGCUAUAGAGGUAUGGCUCGGGAAAAUGUCCCCUUUAUCACACAAUUGGAAUUGUCUAUACUAAAAUCAACAUUCAAGAUCUUCAAGUUUAUAUCAGAAAGUUGGUUUUAGUGAUGCCUCUAGUAAUUUUAGUGAUGCCUCUAGUAGUUUAUAUCAGAAAGUUGAUUUUAGUGAAGCCUCUAGUAACGUGUCUGGGUACCAGUCUUUUUAGCUAACAUUCUGAUAUUUGACAAAUGACAGAAGCGGCAAGGAGUGUAAUGUAAUAAAUGAACAGAUGGCAAUCAGGCUAAGCCUCUAGUGCUGUAAAUUCUUCACCACAGGUGUGAUCUGGGAAAACCAGAAUUUAAAUGUCGCGUAAAUUCUUCAUUAUCUGAUAUGUUGCCCGAGUCGGUCCACGAGCGAUUACCACAGAUGGAAAUGGCCAACACCCGCGCUAUGUUAAUCUGCUUCUUUAUUGGACAACCCACUGACGACAUAACCCCGCCAAACUCGAACAUGAACAAAACCUCCACUGCAUCUAUUUGAGCACCUUGAUCAGAGAGAGAUUCAAUCAGGCAUGGUAAAACAACACGUUUCGGCUUGUUUCUUUUGAAAAACGACAUUUUUUACAACUAGCAUCUCAGUAGUUUGAAAUGGAUUAUCAACGCCGUAUUACCUCAUAUCCUUUGAGAAUACUUUGCUUUUUUAAUCUGGUUUGUUCUGUGUUGUUGUCUAGCUGUCCUCGUACCUGUGACCCAGGCUUCAUCAUUAACAAGUGUAAGUGUGUCCCUUGUCCCGAUGGCUACUACUGGUACAAGCUUAAUGGCCGUCCUAAGUGUGACUUCUGUACUGAAGCCUGCUCAGUUGAUCGGCACUUGACACAGGUGAAGGAAUGCCGCCGGGACUCAAACCGUGAGUGCCACUGUGACAGGGGCUUUUUCUGUGCCAGCACUGCCCAGUAUACCUGCAGGAGGUGUAAACCGUGCGUGUCUGGCACCUUCUCCAACACAGCAAACCUAGCCACGUCCUGCAAACCCCACACAGUUUGUGGCCGUAAGGGAAUGACCAUGGUAACAGAGGGCACUGCCUCUCAGGAUGUGUGUGCCCAGACUUCCCCCACCUCUCCUACAACUACUGCACUUCCACCUGCUCAAAGCUCAAAGAUGUCCCUUCGUUCUGCUAUAUCCAGUGGUGUCGGCACCAACAUAGAACUCCUCAUCGCGAGAUCCGCAUCUCGACUGGUUUGGUCUCCUGAGGACGUUCUCAUCAGGUCCUCUCUGUCCCAAGCCAGGAGAGACCCCUCCAUCUCCCUCCCAACCAAGCUCACCACCAGGAGAAAGCCAUGCAAGGUGGACAGUGACACCUCACCUGCAGAGUCUGCCUCUGCACCCCCUCUUACCACAAAAGACAAUGACUCACCUCAUCUCCCAGUCCCAGCCUCUGGACAGAGCCCUCCCAGUCUCCCUUUGCUGCUGCUGAUAGUUGGGCUCCUAGGGGUCACUCUGCUGCUGAUUGGUUACUUUGUGGGGUGUAGGGGGAGGUCACUGGAGUCCAUGCACAAGUGGAAAGGUCCAAUGUUUAGGAAAUAUAUUUGUAAGGAAAGUCUGAGAGGGAGCUAUAAAGCGUGGGAGUGCCCGCCUUGUCCUGCUGCCCUACAGACGGCUUCCUAUAAGCAGGCCAAGCUGCCACAGGAGAGAAUCCCACACCUGGAGGCCCAGCAUCUUCUGGGGAGGGAGACUGGGGGAGAUCCUAGACGGGAGGGUACAGGGUCACAACCUCCAGGGGGCAUGCAGAAUGUCUCAGUAGAUCCCUCUGGAGGAGAAAACAUGAGCAACAUAGUAGGGUCCAUAUACAUCUACUCUCCAGGGACAGUUGUCCUGGGAUCCAACAAAUCAGACAGGGAGGGGAAUCAAGGGGAGAGUGGAGGAGAGAGCUGUCCCCUCACCACCAAGCCCCAGCAGGAGUCCUCCUACCCACUCCCUUGGGGCUCCGCUCUGGGGCCAGAGAGAAUGAGUAUGCCGAAGGAUACCUGCAAAGAGCUGAGCUACCCUGUCCCAGCCACCAGCAAUUGAAAACUAUUUAAAAAAUGGUGGGGGGGGGUGUGAGGGGGAGCAGGUUCAGUCAAUAUCAUACCAUCUCUGGGAGAGUGGAGACUGAAUAUAAUUUGCUACUGUAAAGACAGACUGAAUUGCAAAAUCCACUGGGGUCUAUGGGCCUUCUAUUAUUAAAGAGUGACAACUUGUUUGAA